CAUUCAAGACUGUAACAACGCAAAGAGACAGGGAGAGCUUUCGGUUCAGUUUCAAGUUUCAACUAAUCUAGAAACGACUACAAUUAAUGGGGAACGCCAACGGCCAUUCGCAUACACACCGUUACGGCUCCAACGCUCCGCCUCGGUCUAAAGAUAGUCCGACCAAUCACUCUGCACAAAUCCCCAGCUCCACUACUCCUCACGCCGACAACAUGGUCUGUUUACCUUAUGCUCACGUCGACUCCAGCCUCCGUGCCCUCGCUGGCCAAGCUGAGGGAUUCGGCCGCCUCGCCAUCGGUGGGCUCCACGGUCCCCUUUACCACGUUACCACCUUAGCAGAUGAUGGGCCAGGAUCACUUCGCCAAGGAUGUCGUAGCAAAGAGCCACUUUGGAUUGUCUUUGAAGUUUCGGGCACCAUUCACCUCUCUUCUUACUUGGCUGUGUCGUCUUAUAAGACCAUUGAUGGCCGGGGCCAAAGGGUUAAAUUCACAGGGAAGGGGUUGAGGCUGAAGGAAUGUGAACAUGUAAUUAUAUGCAAUCUGGAGUUUGAAGGCGGUAAGGGUCCUGAUGCUGAUGGUAUUCAAAUGAAGCCUAAUUCAAAACAUAUAUGGAUUGAUCGCUGCAGCCUCCGUGACUACGAUGAUGGACUUAUAGACAUCACCCGAAAGAGCACUAAUAUUACUGUUUCUAGGUGUCACUUUUCACAGCAUAACAAGACAAUGCUCAUUGGGGCAGACCCUUCUCAUAUUGACGACAGAUCCAUCUGUGUGACCAUCCACCAUUGCUUUUUUGAUGGAACCAGACAGCGGCAUCCUAGAGUUAGAUUUGCCAAAGUACAUCUGUACAACAAUUAUACCAAAAACUGGGGCAUUUAUGCUGUUUGUGCCAGUGUAGAAUCACAGAUAUAUUCCCAAUGCAAUAUAUAUGAAGCAGGGCAGAAGAAGGUGGCAUUUAAAUAUCUCACAGAGAAGGCAUCUGACAAGGCAGAGGCAAUGACUGGCUGCAUAAGUUCUGAAGGGGACUUGUUCGUGAGUGGAACUCAAGCAGGGUUGAUGACCAAGAGUGCUGACCAUUGCAUGUUUCAUCCAAGUGAAUACUACCCCACUUGGACAGUGGAACCUCCGACUGCUGAUCUUAAGCACGUUCUCCAACAUUGCACUGGAUGGCAGAAUGUUCCGCGACCAGCAGAUCAGAAGGUGGAUUCUUAGUUGCAUGGAGUGAUGGUUUAGUAGCUGAGCAGCCUAAUUCUACAUGUCUGUAAUCUUGACCUUGAUAUUUGCUAUGGUGUGUGCCUUCCACUUGGUGAAAUGUAAUCAUUUUCUUAUUUGUAUUUUUCAGCUCUUAUAUUUCGCUGUUUCUUAAUUUUUUUUGUUAGUUAAUGUUUCAGUAUGCUUGGUCCUGUUUUGAACUUAUUAUCUCUGCUCAUGUCAUUGAAACUGAAAAGAAAAUUAGCUGUUGAAAUAACAAUUUGAUCAAAAGAGUUAAAAAAUUUUCA